ACGUGCAAAAUCAGUCGUUCGCUGCUGUCUUGAAAAGCAACAUCAACGGAUUAAAUUCAUUCAAAAAUUUAAUAAUAAUAAUAAUAUUUUAAUUUUUUUUUUUUUUUAAUAUAAUAUUGUGCUUUUUUUUUUAAUUGAUAAACAAAUUUUGUCAUGCAUGUUUAUUAAUUUAUUUGCUGUUGUCAAGCUGUAAUAACAUAAUCAAGAAUGCCAAAAGAAAAUGCACCAAUUUGUGACUGUGGAAAACCACUUGAAUUACCACAACCACGUAAUGGAUUAACAUCAAUAUCAAAUUUAACAAUUGUCAUGCCAAAACCAUCUAAAAAUAGUAAAGAUGUACGUUCAAAAAAACAUGAUAGAGAUGUUACAAAAUUAUCAAAAAUAAGAACAUUUGAUAAUGGUAGUACAAGUUCAGUUGCUGAACAAUUGAGACCAAAUAAAAAUAGUACUAAACAAGAAAAACGUCUAAAUUCAACAAGAAGAACAAGAAGUGCUGAACGAAAUGAAUCACAUUAUACUUAUAUAGAUUCUGGUUCAAGCAUAGUUGGUAGUGGACUACGUGAUGAUAGAAUUCCUGAAGCAAUUUAUGCAACAAUACCAGAACUUCCAAAUACAAGUUCAAAUUUAACAAGUGAAUUACCAGAUACAUCAUUAAAUCGUGCACAACCAGUUUAUUCAAUUCCAUCAAUGACAUCACCACCACCAACAUAUGACGUUGCAAUUGCAAAAACGUGGCAGAAUGGCAUGCCCCCAUCAUAUGAAGAUUAUUUAUGUACAAAAUUUGCAAUGUUUUCACGUUCACAUACACCACCACCACCAUGGUCAGAUACAACAAAUCAAUCAGUUAAUAUACAAAAUACAAGACGUGAUUUGCUAGCAAGUCAACCAGAAUUACGUGAAUAUCUUGCACGGUUAGCACUUGCUAAUAAUAUUCAACAAAAUUCACAUCAUCAGUACAAUAAUUAUGAUGAUAAUGAUAGUAUUUCAACGUCACAACAAGCAUUACGUAAACAUGUUAAACAACAAAAAUUAAGAGCGAUGAAUCGAAGAUCACUGAGUGAAAGUCGAGCACAUCAACAAAGACUUGCAACAAUGUGUGAAGACGGUGCAUUUUGCAUGGAAACAACAGUUAUACAAUCAGCCUUCGAAAAUGGAGUUGCAUUUUGCAGUUUAAUGUAAAAAAUAAAAAACAACAUUAAACCUCAUAAAAAUGAGAAAUUUACAAUUAAAUUUAAAAUACUUGAAUAAAUAAAAAUUUAAAAAAUAUAAAAACACCACAAGUAUUUAUGUUAAUUUCACCGACUUUUUAAGUCAGUGAAUAUAACAACGUGAAAAUAAAUAAUGACGAAAAAAAAAAACAAAAAAAAAA